AUGGAAUCAUCCCCGCUCGUUUCUUCAGCUUCUAGUGAUUCGCUUUCCUCGAACAGCGACAUCAUCAAAGUUGGCACGAGAAAAAGUCAGCUUGCUUGCAUCCAAACACAAUUAGCUAUUGAUGCUCUGAAGAGAGUUUGUAACAAGCAAUUUGAAAUGGUCUACAAAGACACACAAGGAGAUAAACAGCAAACCAGUCCUUUGUUCAAAAUUCCUUCCAAGAAUCUAUUCACCAAAGAGCUGGAAGAUUGUCUUAAUAAUAAAGAAAUUGAUUUCAUUGUACAUUCUUUGAAAGAUCUCCCUACCACUUUGCCAGACAAUAUGGUCAUUGCUGCUAUUAUGAAAAGAGCCUGUCCAUAUGAUGCUGUUGUCAUGCAUUCAUCCAAUGCAGAUAAAAAUCUUGCAUCACUACCAGAAGGAAGUGUUGUUGGUACCAGUUCAUUACGCAGAAUAGCUCAGCUGAAACGUAAAUAUCCACACUUGAAAUUUGAAAGCAUUAGAGGAAACCUGAACACAAGGUUUAGAAAGCUUGAUAAUGAUGAUAAAUAUGCAGCAAUUAUUUUGGCUUCAGCAGGUCUGCAGAGAAUGAACUGGGGAGAUCGAAUAUCACAUAUUUUAAAAGAAGAUGAGUGCUUGUAUGCUGUGAGUCAAGGAGCCAUUGCCAUGCAAUGUCGAAUAGAUGAUGAAAAGAUUAAGGAAUUGCUGAGUCCUAUCCAUGAUACAGAAACUGUUCUCCAAUGUGUUGCUGAGAGAGCUUUCCUGAAAACUUUAGAAGGUGGUUGCAGUGUUCCAAUUGGUACAUCAAGUAGUAUACAAGAUAGAAAUCUGUCAAUCACUGGAGCUAUUUUCAGUCUAGAUGGACAGGAAUGUGUCAUGGAGACUUGUCAGAAAUUAUUGCCCUGUGAUUCAGAACCUCCUUCAAAGAAAGUGACCCUUGCAGGCAGCAUCCAUUAUGCACAUAUUAUUCCUGGUCAUAUUUCUCCUUGUUUAUUAGAAGCUGCCAUGGAUUUGGGAGUUGAAUUAGCUAAUAAACUAUUAGAUAAAGAUAAUGGAAGGGAAAUUUUGGCAAAUGCAAAACAAAUAGUAGAGCAACAACGAACUGUAGACAAUGAUUAA